AUGAACUAUUUAAAAGUUUUGUACAAUGUAUUAGCCAAAGUUGUACCACUUUACAUGGCAAUGAUAUUAGCCUAUGGUUCAGUAAAACGGUGGAAACUAUUCACACCAGAUCAAUGUUCAGGAAUCAACAAAUUUGUAUCACUUUUUGUAGUUCCAUUUUUCAGUUUUCAUUUUAUUUCAAUAAACAAUCCUUAUUCUAUGAAUUUUCACUUCAUUUUAGCAGAUUCUCUCCAGAAACUUCUAAUCUUAUUCACCCUUUUCCUUUCUUCUAGAUUCAGUUCAAGGGUUUCUCUAGAAUGUUCUAUUACCCUAUUUUCCCUUUCUACUCUUCCAAACACACUUGCAGUAGGAAUCCCUUUAUUACAGGGAAUGUAUGGAGAUGUUUCAGUAUCUUUAAUGGUACAAAUUGUAAUGUUACAGAGCCUUGUUUGGUAUACUUUGUUAUUGAUUUUGUUUGAAUUUAGGGCUGCUAAGAUUAUGAUUUCUCACAAGUUUCCUGAUUCUGCUGAUUUAAUUUCAGCCGUUGAUGUACAUUCUGAAGUGAUUUCACUUCAUGAGAAAGAUGAAUGUUUGGAGACUGAAAUUCAAGUUAGGGAAGAUGGGAAACUUCAUGUGAGAUUGUGGAAAUCAGCUAGUGUAAAAUCAGAUUAUUUUUCAAUAAAUUAUUCUAGUUUUGGGGAUUGUUUAAAUGAUGCUAUAAAUAGGAAUGUUAGUGGGGUUGGUACAUUGAGGUCAAAAAGUUUGAAUAUGGUUCAAUGUGGUAGAGGUGGUGGUGGUAGUGAUGGUGGAUAUAGGUCGAGAGAUAAGAUAUUCUUGCCGGUGAUGGGGCCUACGUUGGUGAGCAUGAGGGAGGAGGAAGACGAAGAAAAGAUUAAUUCUAAAGAUGAUAAUUAUUAUGAAAUCAAUGGGCUCAAUCGUGCCAAUAAACCUUGUGGAGAAAAGCACGAAAUUGAAGGCCCAAAAUUGUUAAAAUUCUUUUCAAGAUCAAGAAAAGUACAACCAGAAAUUGCCAUCCAAUGUGAACCAGAGCCCAAUAUCGAGCCAAAGCCCGAUCCUGAGCCCGAGCCCAAACCCAAGCCCGAGUCUGUUCCCAAAUCCACUUAUUUGCCUCCUGCUCGUGUCAUGACUAAGCUCAUCUUAACCAUGGUUUGGAGAAAACUCAUUAGAAAUCCCAACACUUAUUCUAGUCUUAUAGGCCUUGCUUGGUCCUUGAUCUCGUUUAAGUGGAAUGUUACAAUGCCAACAAUUGUAGCAAAUUCUGUCAAAAUUAUGUCUGAUACAGGACUCGGGAUGGCAAUGUUUAGUCUUGGUUUGUUCAUGGCAUCACAACCUAGAAUAAUUGCUGGUGGCAAGGCAAUGGCUGCUUAUGGAGCAGCCGUAAAGUUCAUCGUCGGUCCGGCAAUCACGGCGGCCACUGCAGUCGCUGUUGGCUUAAGAGGAAAUCUCCUACGUAUCACCAUCGUACAGGCAUCUUUACCACUUGGAAUUCUUCCAUUUGUCUAUGCUAAGGAGUACGAUGUUCAUCCUGAUAUUCUUAGUACAGCGGUAAUCUUUGGAUUGUUGAUAGCAUUACCAAUUACACUGGUUUAUUUCAUUUUAUUGGGCCUAAUUAAGUGAGAAAAGAAUCAAUUGUAAUAUUUGUACUACAAUUAUAAAUUUUUAAACUAUUUUCAUAAAUUAUUU